AUGGUGCAAAUUGUGGAGAUGGAGGAAUUGGAAUUUGUUCAUCGUUUUAGGUUAGAUAAACAAAGUUUUUGGCGUCUUUGUGAUGAUCUUCGGCGUUUAACGUCAUUGAAAGGUACGAAAAUUAGUUUAGAAAUCAAAAGGCGAUUUAGACUUCCGGGUAUAGUUGGAUGCAUAGACUGUACCCAUGUGGCAAUAGUCAAGCCAUCAGAUGAAGAACAUUUAUUUUUUAUUAGGAAAGGUUAUCAUUCAUUGAAUGUACAAAUAGUAUGCAACAGUAAUUUAAAAACUACUAAUGUAAAUCCAAAGUUUGACGGAGCUAACCUCAUUCAUAGCAGAAUGGAAACAUUUAUGCGAAAAUUGCACCAAAAUGGAGAACAAGCGUGGUUAUUAGUUAGGUUAAUAAAUAAUAUGGUAUAUUUUUAG